GAGGGGAAGGCGGUGGCGGGAAAAGGAGGGGAGCUGUCGUGAGGGGAAGAUCGCGGUUGUGAGGGGAAAAGCGCGACAGGAGCGGCCCCGACAUGGCCCCGCGCGACUACGACUGCGAGAAAGAGAAGGCGAAGCGAUUUUUUCAGGAAUUUUACCGGGAUGGAACCGACGGGCGCAAGGAAUUCCCGUACCGGGAUCAGCUGACGGCGCUGGCCCGGCGGAAGCAGGUGGCCCUGUGGGUGGCCCUGGACGAUGUGGCCGAGGACGGCCCCGAGCUGGCCGAAGCCGUGGUGGACAACGCCCGGCACUACGGCCGUGUCUUCUCGGACGCCGUGUACGAGCUGCUGCCCCUCUACGGCUCUGCUGAGGCCGCCCCUUGGGACCCCCUGGACGUUUACCUGGAGCAUCGGCUGCUGCUGGAGCAGCGUGGCCGCACCGGGGGAACCCCCAGGACCCCCCCAAAUCAGUUUCCCCCGGAGCUCCUUCGCAUUUGUGACGAGCUGUACUUCCGCACCCCGUCCUGCUCCAAGGCUCUGUCCCCUCGGGAGCUGCGGGCCGGCAGCGUCGGCGCCUCGGUCACCGUGCAGGGAAUCGUCACCAGCGCCAGCGCCGUGCGGCCGCUGCUGCGCGUGGCCACCUACAGCUGCGACCAGUGCGGGGCCGAGGCGUGCCAGCCGAUCGAGAGCCCAACUUUCACGCCGCUGCUGCUGUGCCCGAGCCGGGAAUGCCAAACCAACCGCUCGGGAGGGCGCCUCUACCUGCGGAGCCAGGGCUCCAAAUUCAUCAAAUUCCAGCAACUGCAGAUCCAGGAGCAUGACGAUAGACAUGUGCAGCUGCUCUCCAUUCAACUCUUCUGUAAGGUGAUGGAGUUGGUAGUGGAUGAGGGUAAAAAGCCCCUGGAGAAAAUUGUGAACAAGAGCCUGUACCCACUUUAGUCCACUGCAAGGACGAGAACCAGUGUGUGGCAAAUGUAAGGUUUUGUGUGAUGCUGGUGCAUCCCUGGGAGGGGGCCCAGGUUUCUCCUGCCCUGGCGCCUCCCAGGCUGCAGCCUCCUCCUGGCCUUGCCCCAGGAACAAGAGUCCUGUGCCCUGAACUGUGGGGCCACCCACGCAUCUCUGCUGCUUUCCAGGCCUCUCGGAAAACACUGCAUUGUUCGGCCAAGUUUCUGAACAGGGCAGAUCUCGAGCAGCUGCUGAAGGAGCAGCCGUUG